ACAUUCAGAAGAGGCGGGGUUUUCGUACUCUGCGUUUUCAGCACGUUGUGGGAAGUGUUUUGUUUUGUCAAGUGUUAUUUUGUUUCUCACAUUAUUAUUCGGAUAUCUCUUUGACGAGGAAAAAUGCCAACUCCUGGCGGAAAAGCCAACGUUAUAUUCGAAGAUGAUGAUUUGCCAUAUGAAGAAGAGAUCAUCAGGAAUCCGUAUUCAGUCAAGUGCUGGAUACGGUACCUUGAACACAAGCAGAAUGCUCCUAAAUCUGUGCUCAAUAUGAUCUAUGAAAGGGCUUUAAAAGAGCUACCUGGCAGUUAUAAGUUAUGGUACAACUACCUGAGAGAGAGGAGGAAACAGGUGAAAGGCAAGUGUGUGACAGAUCCAGCCUAUGAGGAGGUGAACAACUGCCAUGAGAGAGCUCUGGUGUUUAUGCACAAGAUGCCGAGGAUUUGGAUCGAUUAUUGUCAGUUCAUGGUGUCUCAGUCGAAAAUUACACGGAGCAGACGGACGUUUGAUAGGGCAUUAAGAGCACUUCCCGUUACCCAGCAUACUCGGAUUUGGCCCCUGUACCUUCGCUUUUCCCGUAACUUACCUCUGCCAGAAACAGCUAUCCGUGUUUACAGACGUUACCUAAAGUUAUCUCCCGAGAAUGCAGAAGAAUACAUCGAUUUCUUGCGUUCAGCUGGCCGUCUGGAUGAAGCUGCACUACGGCUGGCAGCCAUUGUCAAUGAUGAAAACUUUGUUUCUAAAGAGGGGAAGUCUAAUUAUCAGCUCUGGCACGAACUCUGUGACCUCAUCUCACAAAACCCAGACAAGGUGACGUCACUAAACGUGGGAGCCAUUAUUCGAGGAGGUCUCACUCGCUUUACAGACCAGCUUGGCAAACUCUGGUGUUCCCUGGCUGAUUAUUACAUCCGCAGUGGACACUUUGAGAAAGCGCGUGAUGUAUAUGAGGAAGCCAUCCUGACCGUAGUCACCGUGCGAGACUUCACCCAGGUGUUCGACAGCUAUGCGCAGUUUGAGGAGAGCAUGAUCGCCGCCAAGAUGGAGAACACAUCUGAAUCGGGACAGGAUGAAGAUGAAGACAUCGACUUGGAGUUACGCUUGGCACGAUUCGAGCAGCUGAUAAUUCGACGACCGCUCUUGCUGAACAGCGUCUUGCUGCGGCAGAACCCACACAAUGUUCACGAGUGGCACAAAAGGGUUAAACUUUACGACGGCCAACCACGACAGAUCAUCAACACGUACACAGAGGCCGUGCAGACGGUAGAUCCGAUGAAGGCCACAGGAAAACCUCACGCACUUUGGGUUUCCUUUGCCAGAUUCUAUGAGGACAAUGAGCAGCUGGAUGAUGCUCGGACUAUCUUUGAGAAGGCCACCAAGGUGAAUUACAAACAGGUGGAUGAUCUUGCAGCAGUGUGGUGCGAGUACGGAGAGAUGGAGCUGAGACACGAGAACUACGAUCAGGCUCUACGCAUACUAAGGAAAGCAACAGCUAUUCCAGCAAGGAAAGCGGAGUAUUUCGAUUCAUCCGAACCGGUGCAGAAUCGAGUGUACAAAUCACUUAAAGUGUGGUCCAUGCUUGCAGACUUAGAAGAAAGUCUUGGCACAUUCCAAUCUACGAAGGCAGUGUAUGAUCGCAUCAUUGAUCUCAGGAUUGCCACACCUCAGAUCAUCAUCAACUAUGCCAUGUUCCUUGAGGAACACAACUACUUUGAGGACAGCUUUAAAGCGUAUGAGCGGGGCAUUGCCCUCUUUAAGUGGCCCAAUGUCCAUGAUAUCUGGAACACGUACCUCACCAAGUUCAUGGAUCGUUACGGAGGCAAGAAGCUGGAGAGAGCGCGAGAUCUUUUCGAGCAAGCACUGGAUGGGUGUCCUCCUAAAUACGCCAAAACGAUAUACCUGCUGUAUGCUAAGCUGGAGGAAGAGUACGGUCUGGCGCGACAUGCCAUGGCUGUGUACGAGAGAGCCACUUCUGCUGUUGAACCAGAGGAACGCCAUCAAAUGUUUAAUAUCUACAUCAAACAGGCAGCAGAGAUUUAUGGAGUCACACACACAAGAGCCAUCUAUCAGAAAGCCAUUGAGGUCCUACCAGAUGAGCACGCCAGGGACAUGUGUCUGCGCUUUGCUGAUAUGGAAAGCAAACUUGGAGAGAUUGACCGAGCAAGAGCCAUCUAUUCCUACUGCUCGCAGAUCUGUGAUCCAAGGAUGACCGCUCUUUUCUGGCAAACCUGGAAGGAGUUUGAGAUUCGUCACGGGAACGAGGACACAAUCCGAGAGAUGCUGCGGAUAAAACGCAGUGUGCAGGCCACCUACAACACGCAGGUCAACUUCAUGUCAUCUCAGAUGCUAAAGGCCACCACCAAUGCCGGUGGAACAGUGUCAGAUCUUGCUCCAGGGCAGAGCGGAGUGGAUGACAUGAGGUUGUUGGAGCAAAAGGCCCAGCAGCUUGCUGCAGAAGCAGAGCAGGACAAACCCAAACCUAAAGACAAGAUCCUUUUCGUCAGGAGUGACACAUCUCGCAGCGAGCUCGCCGAACUGGCCAAACAAGCUAAUCCAGAUGAGAUUGACAUUGAUGAUGAUGAUGAGGAUGCAGACGAUGGAGAACCAGAUGAGGUCCAGCUAGAACAGAAGUCCGUUCCUACCGCUGUCUUUGGAGGACUAAAGGAUGACUGAAUCACUCACAAAACUCAACACUUACAGAUGGUCAUAAUGGCAUGCCUGGAAAAGGAUAACAUGAACAUCGAUUGAACAUACAUGUUUGAUGUUGUUUAAAGGCUUACAGUACCAGCUCAGACCACUGGGUGGCACUCUUCUCAGCAUUUGUGCUUUCAUUUUUCUGGCUUUCAUUAGUUAAAACUGAUAUUUUUCCAGUGUAAAGUACAAUAAAAACUGUCACAAACAGA